AUGGCACGGAGCGCUGCCGAGGAAAUGGAGAGACUAGACCUGUCUGAUGAGGAUACGGAGGAUCUGUGGAAUUCUCCCUCCAAGCGUGGCAACCAGAAAGCAUUCAAGCGCCAACCAGGAACACAAAGCCCAACAACUGAAUCCCACGCGCCGCAUAAUGCUGGAGACACCUUAUUUGACCGACAAGAGGCACGAGAAGCAGCUCUCCAUGCGGAGCUACACAGCGUACGAAACAUCAACAAUGUAAUUGAAGGUCUCCUGAAAAGUUUAGACAAUGCCAAGGGCAAUAUGGAGAAGGCACUGACAAAGACAUACAUGAAGACGGUCUCGAAUACUGUAACAUCUGCGUCUACUCUUCUCAACACAUGGACAAAGAUUCUCUCGCAAACCGAACACAACCAGCGACUUAUCCUGAACCCGAAAUGGCAGGGUGCUACACAGGAUGUGGCCGAUAUGGAGCAGGAGGCUAUACAAAAACAGCAAGCAGCUGAACGACGCGAGCUGGCGCUCCAGCAACAGCGGGAGGCAGCAGCACGCAAGGCCGAGGAGGAUGAGCGGCGCCGACUGGCGGGCACGAGGGGUUCUCGUGGCACCAGUCGAGGAACUGUCCGCAGUACCGGCCUUGGAAGGACGCCGAGUGUGAGUACCAGCCGGACGGCGGCUACGAGAGGCUCUUCGACUGCCACUCGACGGCCCGUUAGUGGGAUCGCGCGAGGCGGAGCUGCACGGGGACGAGUCCCCGGAGCUCGAGCGAGCUCUCUCGCCCCUGUCGAGAGCCGCGUUAGAUCUCCUAAUCCCCGCUCGCCCCGAGCAUCAGCCGAUCUCCCAUCGCCGCGCCAUUUUGCUGGACAUGGGAACACCCGCUUGAGGGACGUCGAGGGUGGCCAUGUGAGCUUGGGGGCUUUUGAGACAAGCCUUCCGAUUCGUAUGGAUGUGGAAGCAGCUCUGGCAUAUCUACUACUGCCUCCCGCGGGAGGAUUGUUCCUCCUAUUGACCGAGCACAGGAGCGAUUACGUCCGAUUUCAUGCCUGGCAGUCGAGCAUGCUUUUCGCUACCAUGUUUGUCAUCCAUCUGAUGUUCGCCUGGACCUCGUUUAUAUCUUGGACGCUCUUUGCCAUUGACCUCUUCUUGAUUUGCUACCUGGGGUUGCAUGCUUAUCGAGAUGUGGAAACCCUUGACCAUUUUGAGGUCCCCUUCUUCGGCCGCCUGGCCAACUCGUUCGUUGAUAAUGAAUGA